UUAACCACUUCCUUUCCAGUCCAUGUACAUAAACGGCCGGACGGGAGCGCUGCCAAAGCGGGUUGACAUUUCUAAAUGUCACCCGCAUUCAUUUGCCUGUGCGCGCUCCCUGGGAGCGCUGCACCGCGAUCAGUGUCUGCUGUGUCGGGACCUCUGUGUGAGGUCCCGAUUCAUGUGAUCACUGAUUGGCCAAUCAGUGAUCACUACGUGUGAAAUCUGUGAAUGAUCACAGAGGUCACAUGGUACAAGGCUAUUCACAACAGCCUUGAACCAUGUGACAAGCUGUGACCAAUCACAGCUCUCACA